GCUUUUUGCUUCUACGAGAAUUAGUUACAGUAUUAAACGGGGGACUUAAUAAUCAUCUGAAUACUUUUAUACCUGCAAUUGAAAGCUCUUUAUCUACAUCGUCAGAUGCAUCACAUCAUCAUACAAGCACAAAUUCUAAUCUUAAAAUUGAGACUUUAAGUUUCCUUAGACAGUUGUUUAAGGUUCAUCCUCCCCAAGUUUUUCAUAAAUAUCUUGCACGAUUAUGCCCUCCAAUAAUUUCAUCCGUGCAAGAUAGCUUUUAUAAGAUAACAUCUGAAGCCUUCUUGGUUUGUAUUGAAUUAAUCAAAGUCAUCCGUCCUAUUGAAUAUCAGGAGAACACGCAAACAUACAACAUGCAGCCGCUCAAUCCUGAGUUCCGAAGUUUCAUACUGGACAUUUAUAAUGUCACUAUUGCACGUCUUUCAACUCCGGAUGCAGAUCAAGAAGUCAAGGAACGAUCUAUUAUGUGCUUGGGAGUUCUUAUUUCACAAGCUGGAGAUAACUUGCAAGACGAACUUAAAAUGUGUAUGCCAAUAUUAUUGGAGCGCUUACGAAAUGAAGUGACACGUUUGACUACAGUCAAAACAUUCACGAUGAUAGCCGAUAGUACUGUUUGUGAGAGUGAGGAUGUGAAAGUGGCGAUAAUAGGUGCAAUUCAGGAAGUUGCAAGUCUUCUUAGAAAGCACCAUCGUCAACUAAAAGUAGCUGCUUUAGUAUGCCUGGAAGUAUUUGUGCGCAGAUAUGGAAAAUAUCUUACUUCCAAGAGCUAUUCCCGCGUUCUUGUAGAAUUAACGCCUCAUAUUUCCGACCAAGACCUUCAUCUAUUACCAUUAGCAUUGAACACAGUGGUUUCAGUUCUACGUACUAAUCCUGCCUCACUAGAUCCUGUAAACAAUGAUAUCCUACCAUCUGUUUUUCAACUUGUGCAAUCAACCCUCGUUCAAGGUGCUGCAUUGGACAGUUUGCUUGUUUUAUUCCACACCUUAAUCGAAACAGAUGAAGACCACUUCAAUAAAUUAUUGAAUGGGUUAUUGUCCCCUAUUCAAAAUCAGAAUCAGGACCUUAAUCAAUUAACACUUUCUAAACAGGCAUAUUCAACGAUUGCACAAUGCAUUGCUACAAUAUGUGUAGCAUCAAACAAAUACCGUAAUCAAACCGUAAUUGACUUCUCCAGAAAAAUAGCGACCCAAAACCAAUCAGACUCUAUAAAAUAUCUCUGUCUACUGACCUUGGGUGAAAUUGGACCACAAUCUGAAGACAUCAAAUCUGCAGCUGCUUUCGCACUUGGAAAUGUUAGUGCUGGUAAUGUAAGCAAGUAUCUACCGAUUGUCAUUUCAGAAAUCAACUCAGAUCAACGGAAGCGAUAUCUAUUGUUGCAUUCGCUUAAAGAGAUUAUUUCGCGCUAUUCAAAUGAAGAUGGUGUCAAAGCCUUGGGACCUUUUGCUGAUGAUAUUUGGAAUAUACUCUUUCAGAGUGGUGAAAAUAUCGAAGAAGGAACUCGAGGUGUUGUGGCAGAGUGCCUUGGAAAAUUGACCUUGGCAAAUCCAAACAAAUUUUUACCAGAAUUACAGAAACGUCUUCGAUCCGAUUCUGCACAAACUCGCGGUACUGUUGUUACAGCCAUCAAAUUCACCUUCAUUAAUCAAGGUCAAGAAUAUGAUGAGUUGUUACGACCUCUUAUUGUUGAUUUUCUGUCUUUAAUUCAAGAUAAUGAUUUG